AUUUAUACUAAAAUUUGGAAUUAAAUAAAUAAAUAAUUUUAUAUUCACAGGCUAAUUAUCCAACACGGUAAAAUUUUACAUCAAUAAAGUAAAAAAAAAAACUAUAUAUUACAAUUAAAAAGCUUAUGUCUUAAUGCAGUGUUAUAAACUUAAUUUUUAAGCAUUGAAACACAUUUUUAUUUAAAAUUUAACAAAAUAAAAUGUGUAAACUUGUAAAGUAUUAAGUAGGUAAUAACAAAAUAUUUAUUUAAUAACGAAAAAAAAAAAAUAACAUAAUCUUUUUUUUUCGAUGAUAAAAUGAUUAUCAAAUAAUAAACAGUAUGUACAAUGAAACAAUAAUAUUGUUUCGAACAUUAUUUGUAGCGGCGACCUUAUAGACAACACUGUCAAUGUUUAUAUUUUUCGAUACCUUUGUAGAUUUUUGAUUAGGCAUGUAUGUUGUCGGAGUCUGACUGAUAUUUAAUUCUAAUGUAGGUAUAAAUGUGUAAUAGUAAAUUCUCUUAAUACUGGACGUUGUAUUAUACUAGUCGAUUUCUUAUUUUUAAGCAUAUAAUAAUCAAAUAUAUUAGUUUCUUAAAUUCCAUUCCGCAUUUUAAUAAUAUACAUUAAAAAAUGAUGUUAUAAUUUUAUCAAAUAUUCUGUGAAUUUAAUAUUAUAUUAAUUUUUUGAUGUCAAUAUAUUAGCUUUAAUUCAGAAAAUUAAUAAUAUAUUUUUAUCUAUAUAUUAUUAUAUACAUGCAAAAUACAUACGUUUAAUUAUUAUGAGAACAAUGUUGUUUUUUUUUGUCAAGUACAACAGUUGUCAAACAGUUUAAUGUUUAUUUUAAUAUUACUUUUAACUUUAGAUUGAUAAAACUAAAUGGAAUCGUACCGUAAAUAUAGUUCAAGACAUCAUGAAUCCCGUCAUCACAAACAUCAUAAACACCGACACCGUCAUCACCAUAAUAACCACAAUAACCAUAAUAACUAUAAUAGCAGGUACAAAGAUGAAACCGAUCAUCGCGUUCAUCAACAUCAAAGAUAUUACAACCACAGAAGUAGCGAUGAAGAUAUUGAAUAUGAGUACAGCAGGGUUCCAAGAGUUGAGAAACCUCCAUCACCAAUGUACAUUCAAUCUGUUCGGAGACCAACUACUCCACCAAGACCACCAACACCACCACUACCACCACCACCACCACCACCACCACCACCACCACCAGAAUUAAAUGAUCCAGAUAGUGAAAAGCCAAAGGAACGUAGUUGGAAACUUAUGGCUGAUCCAUUGAUUGAUAAAGAUCUUGUUAAAUUAUAUCGAUAUGGUCUUCUACCAGAUGAUCCUUUAUAUAAUGAAGUAAAUGUUGUUGAUCCACGUCCGUUUAAAUCAAAAAUUAAAACUGUAACAUUGCCUAUUGAACUCCCGGUGCCUAAAUUUAAGGUAUGUAUUUUAAUUAAUCAAUUAUCUGUUAAUGUAUUCAUUAUUCAUUAAUUGAAAUCAUUUAAUAUUUUGGAACUUAGUUAUUUUUCCAAUGUUAUAGGUAAUAAAUACUUAUAAAUUAGGUUAAUUAUAAUAUAUACAGAAUUCUUUUUUUAUUUAAAAAUGUAUGUAUACUUGAAAGCAAAACAAACAAAAUAGAUGAAGAUUUAAAUUUUUAAAUUAUCCAUGUGUAAAAUGUAGUUAUAUUUCUGAUAGUCUUCGAAAAAAUUAUGUAUAAUAAAGUUAAUAUGUCUAAAGACCUUUUUAAACUGUUUAGUGAUAUGGUAAAAUUAAAUUGAAAAACUACAUGCAGUGCUUUAUUAAUUAUGAGACUGAUUUAAUUGUUUUAUGAGCAAUAUAUUUAAUUAUAAAUAGUUAAAGCAUAAUAAAACAAUUUUAAAAAACUUAUAAAAAAAAUGUUGUGUAGGUAUCUUAUUAUAUUCAAAUUCUCAUUUCACCAAUAGUUUUUAUCAGGUAAACAUGUGUUUUAUUUUUAAUUAAUGAAAUACAUAAACUUUAUAUUAUUCUGUGAUAAACAAAGGUUAAAAUAGUUAGAUAAACCACUAUUAUUAGGUAUACAAAAUGUUUAAGAAUUGAUCAGAAAUGUCAUUAUAACUAUUAUCCAGUUUAUUAUAAAUUUCCUAUUGAUUAACCCACCUAUAUUUUAAAUAAUCUAUCCAUAACCUUUAACUAUAUAUAUUAUUCAAAUGUUAUAAAUUAUAUUAAAAGCUUUAUGCCUGCGCACAAUAAGCAAUAGUAUAAUAAAAAUAUGUAUCUUUUACUUAUUAGUAAUCAAUCUGUCCAUUUAUUCUUUCAUUAUAUGAUCUAUUAAUUUAGUGGUUAUUUUUAUUAUUUACCACUCAAAAAUAUACGAUAAUAAUGUCAAGUCAAUUUAUAUUAUAUUUUUAAUAUAAUGUACAUUAAAUUUUGGUUUUAAUAAACAUGUAUGAUUUUUAUUUUUAUUUAGUAUUAACCAUUUUAUUAAUUUCUUAAUGUAUAUACGAGGUGUGUACUAAAAGUUCUAAGACAUAUAAUUCAAACAGUAUGCCAACAAAGUGUCCAAUUGCAGUUUGAUUGAUAUCACUGGCUUCUGUGAAUUCUGAAAAUAUGUCUCUAUUUGUAGAUUUUUUAUAACUUUGUUAUGAUGUGUUCAAUGAUUUUGUAAAAUAUGUUUUUGUAUUUGACGAUAUUUGUAAUAAAUCCCAAAGAACAACUUAACAAAGCUUUUGAGGGGGUUUGGAGAAUUUUGAUGAUUACAUAAUAAUACAGGUAAUGAUUAUUCUAUCAUAUUAUGGUAAAAUGUCAAAUACUUUUUGUCAUUUACCAUACCAAAAAGUUCCUGACAAAUUUGAAACUUGGAUUUGUUUUGGAUCCUCCAUAUUCUCAAGAUAAACUUUCAGCACAUCUGCAGUUUUCAAUUACAAUUUUUAGCACAAGUCAUGUAAAACAGUUCAUUCUUCUACCAAGAUUUUGUCAAUAAAACCGAAGAAAAAAAUCCUCUCCAAUCAACUUCCAUCCCAAAAAGCUUUUUUUUUGGAUUUAUUUUAUAUAUUUUUCAAACACAAAAAGUUAUUUUUUAGUUUAUUUUACAAAAUCAUUGAUGACAUCAAUACAAAUAAGAUUAUAGACAAUCUUCAAUAACAGAUGUACUCAGAAGAAGUCAUAAAAACCAGUCCUCAUAAAUUCUACUGCUUUUGGAUGCAUAGAUGAACAAUUUAAACAGUCCUGGAACUUUUUGAAUAUCUUACACGCAUAUAUAUACAUACAUAAAUAAUAAGUACCUAUAAGAAAUAAUUUAUGAAUUAAUUAUUAUAUUACAUAGGAUUAUUUUAUUAUUCAGAGAUUUGAUUAUUUAAUUAUAGCUCUUAAAGGACGUCAUAUCCGUAUGUGUUGUCUCAGUCCAACUAACAGGUAAUAACAGGUAAAAUCUAUUUUACACAGAUUGUGCAGAGGUAGCUUAAUUUUGAUUUUCAAGUAAAAUCACCAAUUAUAAAAUUAAAUAAAUACUAAAAUAUUCUGGUGGGCAAGACGAUGUGUUUUUUAUAUUAUUCUAAUUUUUAUUCCAAAUAUAACGUCCAACACAUUGUUUAAAAAUAAAAACUAAUUUAUUGUUUUUAAAUUACUAUGUUUCAAAAAAUGAAUUUCAAUAAAAGAAACUCAUCGUCUUGUCUUCUUUUUAUUUUAUAUUAGGUACCUACUUUUACUCUAAAAUCAAAAAUAAGAGAGUUCUAUGCAGUCUGCGUAAGGAAGAUUUUGCUAUUUUGUCUGAUAGUUUGACUGAGAUAGUGCAUGUGGGUAUAAUGUCUUCUUAAGCUAUCAGUUAAUAAUAUAUUUCGUUGAAACAAAAUAAAAAGCAAGAAACACUACAAACAUUUUAAGUUACACUUGUUUUUCAAUAGCAAUACACAGAGCAUAUGUAUUUUUUUUUUUUUCAGAAAUGUACUUAUAUAACUAAUUUCAUUCAUGAAUAAUCAUUCUAAAUGAUGUGUUUCGUGUAAAAUGUAUAUGUUUAUUUUUUUAUAACAAAUACUUACCUCUUAAACUCUAAUUAAUAUAAUUAUUAUGUACAUUAAAAGGGGACAAUUAUAACUGUAUAUUAAAAUUGAUAAACCAUUAAUCCCAAGUUUGAUAUGAUCUAUUUGUAAUAAAACUUUUAGAAUGAAAUUUAAUAGACAAAACUACAUUGCUUUAAAUGACAAAUAAUUUGUUUCAGCUUGAUAACAACUAUAUUGGUCAUCGUCCCGAAGUAGAAGUAACUUUUAAUAACUUAAAUGAUAACAUUGGUAAAGUGUUCCUGACUGACUUGGUAAGCAAAUUAUUUUAAAUUGAGACAAAUUGAAGGGCUCCCUGCAAUGACAGGAUGUGUUCACUUUUUAAAAUUGUUCAGGUGAAAUAUAAUUGGAAAUGAUUUUAAUAAUAAUGAAAAAAACGUCUUUUUACCAACAAAAUUGUAAAAGUUAGAAUUUAUUUAGUAAACAUAAUUUUAAUCAAGUAUACCAACCUAAAAACUUAUUUAAAAUUACCAACAUGUGAACUUAUCUGAUAUUUUGCUGACAAUAUAAGAUUAAUUGUGAUUUUAAAUAUACAGCUAAAAUAUAAGUGUAAAAUAGUGAAACCAAAUUUAGGAUCAUUGUGUUUGUCCAAAGAUUGAUUUAAUUAAAAUAUUCACUUGUUGGUAUUGAUAGAAUUGUUCAUUACAAAAUAAAAUAAAAUAUUUUUUCGGAAAAUACGACUUCCCAAAUUUUUUGUUGAUAAAAAUAUGAUUACCUAAUAAAUUGAAUGAUGUAUUAUUUAGAUGUUUAGACCGUGAUAACAGCCAGUAGAUGAGUGAUAAUGAGAUUACCUGGCUGGAAAUAAUAUUUACACAGGGUUACUUCUGAGCAAAUAACAAAAUAAUUUUGGUUCUAUCUACUUUUUCAUAAACAAUUUUAAUUCCGAAAAAUCUAUUUAGCUUAUAUCCCCAUUAAUAACAAUCAAACUAGUCUUAUACUUCUAUAACAUUUUAAGGGAAAAAAAAUUGAAUGUCAAAAAGUGAAUUUAUGAAAAAAAGUAGAUUUAUCUUGUUGCUGAUGAGAGCCCAUCAAUUUAAGUAAUUAAACAAGUAAACAUAUUAAUACUAAAAUAAAUAUGUGUAAUAUUAUAAAAAUAUUUUUGAUGUGUGUAUGUAUGUGUAUGGGCUACUAAAACUCCUGAAAACCAAAAUUGGUACAUAAAUGAAAACCAAAUGUUUUUCAUUAAAUAAUGUAGAAAAAAAAUGUAGGGGUUAGAAGUAUAUACUGAGCUCUCCUAAGUUAAAAUAUUGUAAGUCCAAACAAAAUUAAAAAAUAAGUUAUAUAAACAAAACAAAUUGUAAAAUUCAAACUUUUAAGGUCAAUAUCAUAUGCCGUAUGUUUGAAAUAUUAUUAUUAUAUUAAACGACUAGUAAUAUUUGUUUUGACAUAAUAAUAUUAAUAACCAAGUUUAGUAAAAAUGUCAUAUCUUCGUUAAUAUAUACAGUGUUUUACUUAGUAUACAAUAAAAAUAAUAAUUUGUGGCAUUUAUACUAAGUACAGAUUGUGGUUUUGCUUAUUGUUAUAUUGUAACUGAUAAAUCAUCAACUAGUAACUGAAUAUUAUUAUAAAAAGUAUUAUAAGACUUUAAUUAAUUAUAAUUAAUAUGCAAUUACUUUUACUUACGGCAUUCCUGUUUAUGAGCCAAGUAUUUAAAUCCUUUACCAAUGCUAAGGACUAAUGUAAAAAGUUAGGUAUGUACUUCAGAAUUUAUUUAUCUAUGUUUAUUUUUAUCCCAUUGCAUUUAUACGAUAAAAUUACUUAUGAAAAUCCAUACCAUACUUUGAUAAGUAAAAUGUAAAAGGUAUUAUGAAUUUUAGAAAAUGCAAAAUAUAAAAACCCAUUUUUCUCAAAAAUAUUAUCUAGUGAGUCACAGCAUUUUUGCUUAGGAGUUCAGUAUAUCACUAUAUAUCAGUGUAUCAUAUUGUAGGUAUUACAGAGUAUCUAAAUAGUCAUUUAUGUUGAUAAACAAUAUUGAAUUAUGAUUCAAUUAUGAUUGAAAAAAAAAUUAUUCAAAUUUUAAAAAAAUCGUAGAAAAUAAAAGGCCAUCCUUUAACAAAAGUUUCAACCAUCAACAUUUUUAUAAAAAUCUAUUUUACAAAAUAGUUAUAUUGAAUUUUUUUUAAAAAAAUUAUGGUUAAAUUGAAAAAAUUUUAUUUUAAGUUCUAUCCCUCCCCCCCAAAAAAAAAAAUGUACACAUAUAAACUGUAGCGCAGAGGCAUACUAAUUAUUUAAAAAAAAAUUUGUCAAAAAUAUUGAAUAGAACAAAAGUUAUUUCAAGUGGCAGAUCAUUGUAGGACAUUCUGUAUGGUGUUCAAAUUUUUAUAUAAAAAUUACAUCAAUAGAAGUUGUAAGGAAAAAACCAGUGGAUAUGUUUAGAAUUUUAAAUAAACUUAGUAAGUGUAAAAGGGAACUGUUAACUAUAUAUCGUAUAUAUAUGUAUGAAAUAUACAAAAUAGAUCAUUAAUUCAUAAAAUAGAUAAUACAAAUUGCAUAAUACAUUGAAAUGACUACCAUAGUUUUGAUAUGAUAUUAUGAUUAUAUCAAUAUUUUUUUAUAAAUGUAGUAUAUUUAUUAUUUUUAAUUUAUAGGUAAGCCGAUAUGGGAAAAUUGAUUUUUUAGAAAUAUUGUACCACCCAGUUACCAAAAAACAUUUGGGCCUAGCUAAAAUAAUUUUUGAGGAUGCAAUAUCAGCUAAGUCUUGUGUUCAAAGGUUAAAUGAUACAUCUGUUAUGGGAAAAGUUGUUAAUGUUUUUUUGGAUCCUUUUGGUAAAUAAUAUAUUUUAUUUAAAUAUUAAAUGUUAUUAUUGAAGCUAAUGUUUAAAUCUGAAUUGCUUAUGUGUGAAUUUAGCUUCAGAAUGUAAAACAAUAUUUAAGAAGUUGACUGAAGAAAAACCAAAACCUCCACCUGAAAUUUCCAAAAUAAAGCCACUUCCAAUAUCUAACCGUGAUCGACAGCCAGUUAUAUCAGUUAAAUCCAAAGAAGAACCUCAUGUUAAGCUCCAGACUGAAGAGAAAUCACUGCCUUCCAAAACGGACAACUUUAAAAAUUAUAGUUAUGAGUAUACUACCCCGUCCCCAGCUACUAGUGAUCUGCCAUCAGAAAAAAGUUAUAGUAGUGGAUAUGGCAGUGUGAGUAAUACUCCCGUGUACAACAAUGGAACCUCCUUUUCCUAUCCAUACAAUAGGUAUGAGUUAUUUAUUUUUACUGUUUUAAAAGCAUUGAAAUUGAUGUUUAUUAUUUUUGUUUUUUAUCUGAAGGUAUUCUUGUAGAGUUCCUCCUUUACCAAAUAAUACAUGGUGGGGAGAAUCUAGUCCUAUACCCACACAUUUACCUUCAGCAUCGGUUCCACCACCACUACCACCAAUAAUACCACCACCAACACCUAAGUUAGAUUCUGAAGCACAAUCAAAAUUAGAUUUGGAUACAAGAAUUGAAAUGCUUCUUAGUGGUAUGUCUUCUCAAGGUGCUAAUGUGGAGCCUGCAUUUUUAUCUAUCGUGAAAAAAGAUUCUGAUAAUGUACCUGAUACGAUAGAAGAUAUCAUCGAUGAUGAUUUUAAUGUGAAUUUAUCUCCGCCGACUGGAGAUAAUGACACUCAUUCUGAUAUAGACGAAGACAAAGUCAAUGAUGAAGAAGAAUUAUUGUCUCCACUUUCUAAUCCUCCAUCACCUUUUUUAUCAAAUGAUAUUUAUAUAAAAUGUUGUGAAAUAGCAAAAGAACAGUUCAAAAUGACUAGAGAAAAAGAAAAGUUGGAAGCAAAAUGCUUUUUAAACAAUUCAAUAAGAAAUGGUAAGUUAGUAUAAACUAAAAAUUAUAAUUUUAUACAUAAAAUGCAUGUUUAUUUGUAUUUUAUUUUAGUAAUCAAUAAGACUAUGCAUGAUUCACUACAUAGUGACAUCAGUUCUAGCGAUGAUGAAGCUGUGUUAGGAAAAAGUCCUAAAGGAAAUACUCCAGAUGACGCAAUGAGUUUAUCAAGCUUGUCAUCUCGUGAUGAAAAAAUUGUAGAAAAUGAUCCCAAUAUACCACCUCAAUAUUUACCACCAUUGCCAAAUUAUCCUCCUCAGGCUUAUUAUUGUCAACCUCAAUAUAGUAAUCACUAUGCUUAUCAAUAUAUUCCUUAUCCAUCUAAUUAUCCAUAUGGUCCCCCAUUCCCUAGAACUGAUAUAUAUGAACCAGAACCACUACAUGAUAGACAUGAAAACACAAAUUUCGCAGCAGAACUUAGAAAGUGAGUAAUUUAUAUGUUCAACAUUUUAUUUUAUUUUCAAUAAUAAAAUGCAUUUUCAUUUUAGACAUUUAUUGAAAGCAGUGCAAAAUGAAUUAAGAAUAAUAAUUAAACGGGAUCUUAUGAAAAAAAUGGGAACUACUGUUGCUUUUAAUGCUUUGGAUCAUUGGUGGGAAGAAGCUGAAAGACAAUUAAAAGUAAUAUUUUAUUAAAUUUUUUGGUAUACCUAUUUGUCAUAAAAAAAAAUAAAUAUAUAUAUAUACAUUUAUAGUCAACUAGUGUUACUAAUGAGGAAGCUAAACUUGUACAACCAGCUCCUAACCUUAAUACCAUCUUGGAAGCUGGAACAGAAGGCUUAGAAACCUUGGCACUAAGUGGUUUAGGUCUAGGAUUCCGAGCAUCAAUACCAAAAAUGCCAUCUUUCCGUGUAAGUUCUUAAUUAAUAGGGGUCUUUAAUGAUAUUGAAAUAAAAUAUUACUGUAGAUGAAAAUAAGACCUAAACACAAAUAAUCUUGCAAAAAAUUAAAGUUUACAAAUAUUCAAAUAGUAUAUAUUUCUCGAUUGAACUAGAUCACAGAUGAUAUUUAUAUUAAAAAAUAUAUCGUUAAAGAUCUUCAUUAGUAAUAUAUAAUAUAAUUAAUCUUAUUAAUAACAUACUCUACAUAAUUGAACUAUUUAGAGAAAAAAGAAAGAACCAUCACCUAAGAAAACUGACGAACAACAAGAUAAUGGAAGUGAUCAAGAAGAAAUGGUUAUAACUUCUGAUCAUGAAACCAAAGAUGUAAGUUAGAUUUGUUUAUUGAAUGAGUUUAUUAACUGUCAAAUUAUGUGUUUAAUUGUCUUAGAUUGACGAUGAUGAAGUGACUAAACCUACCUUUGCGGAGCGGAAGCGUUUAGGAAGGGAACUAUUUGACAGUGAUACCAACACUUCUACUUCAGAACCAUCAGUCCAUAGUUCUUCUUCUGAGGAAGAAUCAAGCAAUGAUAGUUCUACUAACGCGGACUCAGAUGAUGAAUCUUCAUUGCAAACUAAAUUUAAAAAAAUGUGUAAAUCAAUGACUUUGGAAGAUUUUGAUUGGAUCAGGUACAAAAACAGUAAUAAAUAACAUUUAUAUAAUAUGUAUUCAUUAUAAAGAAUGUUCAGAAAAGUAUUUAUUAUAAUAUUAUACAUUGUUUUGAUGGGCUAUAUAUUUGAGUGGAACAAGUUAUAGAGUAGUAAAGUUUAUCAAUACAAUUAUUGCAUUAUUUAGUUAUGCUUUUGUUGGCACGUUUCAGCAUGCUAGUAUCUGUCUAAGAUCUAUCUGCAACAAUGGAUUGACUUCUUUGUAAAUCAGAAUCUUUUGUUAUCACCAAGUUUUUAGUUGGCCAGAUCUAACUUUUUUUUUUUUUUGUGGGAUUCCAUCAUCAUUAUCCAUAAAUAUUAAAGAGGUUCUAUAAAUAACCAUGCAUCUUUUAAUACAACUUUCUGCUAUCUAGGUUUGAGAAUAUGUGGGUUAGUCAACAGUAUAAAUAUUAAAAGAGAGGAAAUAAUUUGAGAAUUCAAUUUUUUAAAUUUUAUUUAUUUACCUUGGUUAUACAAAUGCAAAAAAUAACUGUCAUUAAUAUUUAAUCUGGUUGUUAUAGAGAAAGUAUCUUAUUUAAAAAAAAGAUUAAAUAGAUAGAUUAUAGAUCAAUAUUUGGACAAAUAAUAUACUAUUUAUAACUAAAGCAGAGGACUUGUAGCUUUAAACAAAUUAAAAAUAUACAACUACUUAUGCAUUUAAAAUUCUUAAAAUAUGCAUUAAAAAUAAUUUCUAAAAAUGUAUUUCUAACAAUUUCAUUAAAAAAUAUUAGUUAUAUACAAAACAGCCUAAAAUAAAAGAAACAAUUGCGUUGAUUAAAUUAAAUAGAAAUCAGUAUAUCAAUCAUUGAUUGAUGAAUUUACUUGAUUUUUAAAUAUAUUUAAUUUACUAUUUCUUUUUCCGAUGCCAAAAAUUAACAUUUUAUUAUUGUUUUACAAAGAUUUUUUUUUUAUGUGAACACUUAACACUUUCUAGUAGAAAGCUUACUUCAAUGUAUACAAUGUAAACCCUUUUCUAAAAGGAAAUUUUCUUAGAGUGAUAUUUUAGGGAGGUUAUUUAUCAAUUUUCUGAAGAUUAUUCUUAUCAAAUGUAAAAAAUAAAAAAAAUGGGAAAAUGUAUGAAAUAUAUUAGUAAAAUAUUAUGUUUUUUUUUCUGUGGACUUUUUUUCCUACUAGAAUUUUGCUUAGAUUUAUAAUGAUGGCACUUUUUUUGAAAAAUAAUCUGUUUGGGAGGGUACUUAAUGAUGUAAUUUUUUAAUUUUCUUAAGAGUUUUCCAGCAAAUGUGAAAAACUGGAAAAAAACAUGGGAAAAUCAGGAAAAACGGUACAAUAUUAAACAAAUAUUAUAUUAAAGAAAAUAUAUACCUAAUGCCUAUUUAAAUAUUUUACCAGAAUAUCACAUAAAUAUUAUUGACAAAAUAUCACUGUCAGAACUUCACUCAGAAUCGUAUUUUCGUUAUCAAUAGUUUAUCGUUACUUGCAGAUAUAUAUUACAUUCCCUUUUGUAUCCUCCUACCUUCUCACCUAUAACAGUGACUGCACCUGUCCUAGGACAGCUUUUUUAACAUGUUAAUAUUUUAUUAAUGAUUUUUGUUUUAAUACAUAUUAUUUCUUAAGAAAUUGUGAAAAAGUCUGGAAAAGCCCCCAAAUAUCAUAAAAAAAACCUCAAAUGUCCAAAAAUAAAAGACCUUAAUAUGCUAAAAUAUGCAAUAUAAAAUUAUAGAUUUGGUUCUGUUGUAACAUGAAACAAAUUUUUUUUUAAACUGGCCUUUUUACAAAUGCACAAAAUAAAUAUGUAAAUGUUAGAAGUCCUCUGCUCUAUUUAUAACUAUACUAGAGAAUCUAGUCAGAGUAUUAUUUUUAGUUAUUACUUUAUGGAGCAACCACUGAAAUAGAUAGCGUUUAAUACUGUACACCAUCAAGGCUCUAUGGGAUAGUUAAUUUAAAAAAUAUACUGCAUUUUCACAUUAAAUAAAUGGUUUUUUUCUCAGGGAGUUAACACCUGUUGGAAAUGAAACUCCUAUGGCAAUAGAUUCUUUAUCAAGUUCUGAUGAAGAAGGUUCAUUUGUGAAGUACAAACGUGAUAAAGCAAUAAAACGGAAGAUUGAAGAUGAUGAUCUAGAUGAACCUGUUGAAUCUAAAAAACAUAUAAAAAACACAACGCCACCUGAAGAAAAUCAUAUUCCAGUAUUUGUUGAUCACUCUUACUGUAUGCCUCGACAGGUUGUUUAUAGUCCUCCUCCUAUACCUGAUUGGGACGCUGAUUUGGGUACGACUAAUGAAGAUAUGAAAAAUCGUGAACCAAUUGUUAUAAGUGAAGAAAAAAUUCCAGACAUCGUUUCACCAAAGAAACCUAAACUGCCAUUAGCUGUUAGAGAUAACAACAAAAUAGAAAAUAUAGAUCAUUUAACUGUACCAAAACAACGAGAUAGUCAAGUCAAAACCAAAUACUUUAACAAACGAAAUGCAAACGAAGAAUCAGCUAUAUUAUUUGAGUUUCUUACUAAGGGUAUAGAUAUGGAAGAUAUAGACUACUUAAGACAAAGUUAUAGUUCAUUUCGCCCUACAAAUGACUGGUUGGACGAUACACAUUGGGUCAACCAUCCAGAUAUCCUUUUUAUGACAUUAAUAUUUAAUUUUAACUAUAAUAUAGGAUUAUUUAAAUUAGGUGGGUCAAUCACUAUUCACUUUGCUUUUAUAAUAAUUUCUUUGCAUAUGUUUAUAUUUGGAUAUAAAUAUUUGAAAUUUAGAAUGGGAAUGAACUGUAAACUUAGAAAAUCUAGUGUUUAUCCAUGGAGAUUUGUACAUAUAAUGAACUAUAAUCUAAAUAAAAGGUAAUAUCUUUACAUUUCAUCAUUUAAAUAAAAAUGUUAUAAUUGUCGAUCAAUAUACCUAAAAUGAAUAUUAAAUUUGUAUGUUUACUUCACAUUUCCAUAAUAUUAUGAUUGAUCAAAUUAUAUCCUAUGUUAUUAUAUAUAUUUUUUUUAGAUGUUUGGAUUUGAGGAAUAUUCGGAUAUAAUUUUCUUACAUUUUAAUGAAACGCACAUUAUUUGUAAAUUCUAUAGUUUUUUAAAAUAUCAAUUUAAUAUUUAAAACUAGUAUAAAGCUAAAAUAAUGAUGGUUAUAAUGGAAGUUAUCAGAAUUUCUGUAUAAUUAAUUAUAUUUUUUAUGUAGUUAUUGUUUUCCUUAAUUUAUAAACACUGACAGCAUUAUCAAAUCAACUUCCAAGAAAAAAGAAGAAAGACGAAUGGAAAAUUCACGAAUCGGGGUGUGCUAGAACAGAAGGUUAUUAUAAAGUGGACAGUAAACAAAAAGCCAACCAUAAGGUAAUUUUUAUAUUAAUAUUAUUUAGUGAGUAUUGAAUUAUCCAUAAUUUUCUUCCCAUUUUAUUUUAAAUUAAAUAUCUUACUAACACAAAUUUGUGUAAAAGGCAUAACAAUAUAUUCGACUACCCGUUAAUAAAUGUUUUUUUUUUUAUUUGCUUUAAUGGGAGAUUCCUUUGUAUAUUAUGGUAAUGCAACACUUUUUUAAGAGACGUCUUGUUAUAGAACAUUUUUGUUUUUGAAGUUAUUCAAGUAGUGCUUUUAACGUAGGUAUAUUUAAUUUAUGUUUAUAUCUCAAUUUUAUGUUUUUAUUGUAGUAUCAUUUUGGACAUACAAUUGCCCAAUUGAAUCGUAUCACUGAGCUUAAACGUGUUAAAGAGUCAACAGGCAAGAUGUUAGCUCUUUCUCGUGAAGCACGUAGUAAUCAGCGUCGAUUAUUAACAGCUUUUGGAUCUACAUCAGAUAGUGAUUUGCUCAAAUUUAACGUACUGAAGUUCCGUAAGAAACAACUUAAGUUCGGAAAAUCAGCUAUACACGAUUGGGGAUUGUUUGCUAUGGAGUCGAUUGCAGCUGAUGAAAUGGUUAUUGAAUAUGUGGGCCAGAUGAUUCGGCCUGUAGUGGCUGAUCUACGGGAACGUCAGUAUGAAGCUACUGGUAUUGGUAGCUCAUAUCUAUUCAGAAUUGAUUUAGACACUAUUAUUGACGCUACAAAGUGUGGUAAUCUGGCGAGGUUUAUUAACCACAGUUGUAAUGUAAGUAUUAAUGAUACAUUUUGGAUAUCAAAUAAUGAAAUACUGAUUUUAACCAGAAGUUUUAAUCAAACAAUGCAAUUCUGAAUGUUAUUAUUUCAUCAUACUUUUGAGUCUGUCUGAUAGUUGUAUAACUAAUUCAAUCUAUCUAUUCUUAAGCAAAUUAUUCAUGAUAGUAUGAAUUGAAUUUAUAUAAAUCAUACCUAACUGUUGAAAUAUUUAAAUUGAAUUGUCUCAGUUUCGUGUUUAAUUUCAUUGAUAUAAUGUAAAUAAUAUAUUGUUGUGUAUACCAAAUUAUAAUUAAAAUAAAUGUGUUUAGCAGGACUAUCUGUUAGUUAUUUAGAAAUGUAGAAUAUUAAAGUUGAGUGGAUAGUUAAUUUAGAAUAGAUAGAUGGAUGGAUAAUAAUAUUGCUAAUUGCCCAUGUCCUUAAAUGGUUCAAUUAUUGAUAUGAUAUUAUUUUUUAUAAUCAUAGAAUGUGUUACACAAAAAUAUACAAUCUCAAAAUUAAUUUCAUUUUUAAAUUUCAGCCUAAUUGCUAUGCUAAGAUAAUUCAAAUUGAAGGGCAAAAGAAAAUUGUAAUAUAUAGUAAACAGCCAAUUGGUGUAAAUGAAGAAAUUACUUACGAUUAUAAAUUUCCACUUGAAGAAAACAAAAUACCAUGUUUGUGUGGGACGCAUUGUUGCCGUGGAACGCUCAACUAGUUGAAAAACUGUUAAUAUUUUGUUAAUAUCUAUAUAUGAACUGUGAAUAUUUUACCAUGUGAAAUCUUUUGUAAAAUUUAAGCGUUUUUUUUUUUAAAUUAAAUUUAUACGACUGAUGUAUAAUUUAUUCUUCUGCAUCAAUUCAUCUUUGUGAUGAAGUGCAUGCAAUUCUUUUUGUUUGUACAAAAUGAAUAUUGUAAAAUUAUUAAUAUAAUUGUUCCAUCCCUAUUUAAAAACAAUACAAGUUUAUUCCUAAACCAAAUUUCAACAAUGAAUGUUUAAAAAUAUUUUGCUGUUGAUGUAUGUCUAUAAAUUAUGAUCAAAAAAUAU